AUGGCAGGGUGUCUGUCCCGAGUGUCCCUGCCUCUGCUGCUGCUGUUCAUCUCUCUGGUCCUCUUCUUUGUGCUGCUGGUGACCAUCCAGGUCCAAGUUCCUGAGAAGCAGCGGGAAGCAGAGGUGAAGGCGAUCCUUCAGCAGCUGGCCUGGAUGAACUCCUCCUUGUCUUCCUUGGCUAACUUUUGCUUGCCCUGCCCCUGGAAUUGGGGGUACUUCCAUGAUAGCUGUUACUUCGUCUCCUGGGCCCAGAAAACCUGGAACGCUUCCGUCGUUGCCUGCAAGGACCAGAAGGCCCAGCUGGUGAUCAUCAAAAGUGCUGAGGAGCAGAGAUUCCUGCAAUCUCUGAAAAACAAGAACAACGUUCGCCAAGCCUGGAUUGGCCUCAGUGACCACCACAAUGAGGGUGCAUGGCACUGGGUGGACAAUACCAAACCCCAGGUUAGCUUCUGGAACGACGGUGAGCCCAACAAUGUUGGCGAUGAGGACUGUGUGGAGCUCAACAAUAACGGCUGGAACGACAACAAGUGUACGGCAGAAAACUUCUGGAUCUGCAAAAAGCCCUCGAGUCCCUGCUCCAGCCUCUGA